GACGGUAUGAAUAUCUGACAAGCUUAUAUCAUCAUCAUUACUACAUAAUUAUUUUGUUUGGGGGAAAAGAAAAAGCAAUCAAGGAAGAGAAAUAACCCUCAUAAACAUUUUUGUUAACAACAUACGGGAAUUGAAAAAAAAAAUGUUCAUCCCACCCAUCCGCUUCGCUCCGUUUCAAGUCUCUCGGCCAAACAGCACAAGCAACACUAGCACAAGCAACAGCAGUACUACCAGCAGUGUCGCAUCUCCACAAGCUAGCACGCAAAAUGCCACGCAUACUCCCUACGACACAUCGUCAGCUACGUACUCAUCGUCUAAAACGACGUCUUCCAGUGGUGCUGGACCAGAGGGUCAGAUGGAAUCGAGUGGUGGGACGAUGGGGGCACAGGGGGGGAAGUAGUGGCGCGUGAUUUGUUGUGGGGAUUUUAGGGGGCGGUGGUAGGGUAGAUUGGAUGUGUUUGAGGUAGCGUGGGAAGUAUCUGGGGGUGUAUGAAUGGUAGAUACAGGAUAUGAAUAGGACUACAUGGGUUCUCGUUGGUCUGGGUAGAUAAGGUGUAGGGAGGAGUUUGUAUAUACCACCA